AUGUAUGGUCUGAUCAUAGACAAUAUUGUCACUUGUAUUCGAGAAAAAUAUGGAUUGGACGUUUGGAAUGAAAUCAAGUACGUGGCUGGGUUAUCGCAAGAUGCAUACGGUAUGGAUGAAGUCUAUUCUGAAGGACUUGCUCAUAAGCUGAUAUGGGCAUGCCAUGAUGUAACUAAUGACACGAUAGAUGCUAUUCUAAAUGAUGCUGGGAAGUCGUUCUACACUUUUCUUGCUAAAUAUGAGUUUCACAAGAUUGUUCGGGUUCUGGGUCGAACAUUUCCUCAAUUCUUGAACGGUUUGGACAAUCUUCAUGAAUAUCUGCGUUUCUCUUUCCCGAAACUGAAACCACCUUCCUUCUAUUGCGAACACGAAAGUCGGACGGGAUUGACAUUACACUAUAGAAGCAAAAGAAGAGGUUUUCUACAUUAUGUACAAGGUCAAAUUAAGAAUAUUGCGAAAGAGUUGUUUGAAACGGAUGUGGAAAUAGAACUUCUAGAUCAUGAACAGGACAAUAGCAUGGAACAUGUGAUUAUGAGAUUACAUUUCAACAAUAUCCAUUUUAUUCGACAUGAUCGAUCAUAUCACAACCAGCUGGCGCAUUUGAGUAGUGAAAUACGAAUCACAUCAGACAUAUUCUUUGACAUUUUUCCCUUCAUAAUAGUGUUCAACCGAGGAAUGAGGAUAAGAAAUGUUGGAAUUGGACUAUUGCGAGUUAUGUCGAAUCUCGUUGGAAAAAAAAUAAAUCAACAAUUUCUUCUGAUGAGACCAUUUAUUCGUUUCCGUUGGGAAGAGAUUAUGCUGCACUCCAAUAAUAUAUUUGAGCUGAUGUCCAAUGAUCCGAUCAUUGAUGAAGAUGAUGAAUCGUUUACUUACAAACACAAUGAUCCUGAUCAGAUGACGGAGAUUCGUUCUCGAAUGACAGAGAAAGAAAAAGAAAAGUUUUUAAGCUUGAAAGGUCAAAUGUUCUACAUGGAGGAAUGGGAAAGCAUAUGCUUCAUGGGAAUUCCUGUGAUGAGUAAUUUGGGACAGAUGUAUAAAUCUGGAUUGUUUAUCAAUGACUUCGCUUUGCAUGAUAGUAGCAGAGAUCUGGUCCUAGCGAGCACACAGCAAGCAGCAGAGUUAAAACUUCUUCUACAUCAGGAAGCUCAAAAAAGCCAGAACAUGACUGAGAACAUGGUGAAGCUGAAAGCAGAACGAAGACGAGCAGAUCAACUUCUGUAUCAAAUGCUUCCGAAAAGUGUUGCAAACAUGCUGAGGAAUGGUGAAAGCGCAGUAGCCUGCUGUGAAAAUUUUGAAUCGGUUUCUAUAGUUUUCACAGAUGUUGUUGGGUUUACAAAUAUAUGCAGUACUAUAGAACCUUUGGAAGUUGUUGAUUUUCUUAACCUUAUGUACACGAAGUUUGACGGUGUUAUUGAUACACAUGACGUUUACAAAGUUGAAACAAUAGGAGAUGCCUACAUGGUUGUAUCGGGUGCGCCAAACAGAACUGUUCAUGAUGCUGAAUAUGCCAUAGACAGUGCAAUGUCAUUCAUACGCGAAGUGCAGAGUUUGGAAGGAUUCAGAAAAGAAGUUGUAAUCAACAUAAGAGCUGGAGUUCAUUCCGGAUCGGUAGUUGCCGGCGUUGUUGGUUUGAAAAUGCCAAGAUAUUGUUUAUUUGGUGAUACAGUAGUGCUGGCUAACGCUAUGGAAGCUAACUCGAAGCCAAUGCGAACAAAAGUCAGUCAAGCUACUGCAAGCAAAAUUGAGGAAUACGAACCUAACUUGUUUAAAUUCGAACAAGCUGAUAUAGUUGAAGUGAAAGGAGUUUCUCUACAAACUUAUCUUGUCUCAGGGAAGAAUGGAAACGCUCGUGUACCUACACCACGAAGUGAAAUUGUGUCAGACGAUGACGAAUAUGAUGAUGAGCUAGAUGAACUUUCGAAAAAAGUCAGUAAGGCUCAUCAAGAAUUGAAAAAGAAUAGAGGAAAAUCAACAUACACUCCGAUUUCGGACGCCGAAAUAGAAUCGUUCUCAAGAGCAUCCAGAAUGUCAAACAUGAACUAA